AUGAAGGGCUGGCUCCUGCGGCAACACAAUUUAAUUAAAAAUAGUUUAAAAGUUAUAACUAAAUUAGAAUAUAGAAACUUAAUUAAGACUAAUUACUUUAAACUUAUAUAUAAAAAGCUUCUAUUUCUAUUUUUAAUAUUAAAGAUAGUAUACUUAGUUAAAUACCUAUUAAGGCCUACUCUAAAUAAAAACUAUAAAGGUAUAAAAGAGCUACUUAAUAUCUAUUUAAAUAAAAAGGAGGAAGAUAGUAUAGUACUUAAGUCUAUAAUAAGGCUACUAAAUAAUAAGCUAGGUUAUAAGGUAAUAGUAAAGAAGGGGGGUACUAUAGUAAAUAAGGUAAAAAAAUUUAAUAAAGUAUUUAACAACGAGGCUGCUAGCAUUGUGUGUUUCAAAGCCUUUGGCCUUGUUCCUGGCAGCAGCGCUGGUUGCCGCCGGAGCGCCGUGUGGGGCCCGUUCCAUAAAUGCCGUGCCCUGAUUCGAACGUCUUUCUUUCCCGUUUACAAUACGUUCAUUCUUCAGCGUGCCUUCCUCCUUGGUUUGGCUGCUGCUUCCUUGGUUACCUCACGGGCUACCGGAAAUGCUCCUGAUCACGGCCAUAUUCUCAGCAGAGGUGUCGCCGAGCCGCUGGGAGACCUUAGAGUCCCCAAGGACAUCCCUCUUGAGGGUCAGACCUGGACCCGCGCCGAGAUCGUCGCCGCCAUUAAAACCCCCGUUAAUCCACCAAAGCCCUUUGGGAACCAUGGAGUGGAGUGGAAAGGCAACAAAUGGGUGGCCAAAUCUCCCUUGUUCGAAGGCGUUGGAGCAAAACUGACGGAAAUUGACUUGACCAAAAAUCCCAAAAUUCGCGGAAAGUUCCGGGCCAUCGUCACGGCGAACAAGAACUUGGUUGGUAUCACGGAGCAUGCUGCGGAUAACAAUGUCAAGGCCAUUUGGGAUGUCAAGGCGCUCACUGCUCAAGGAAAAUGGAUCAAGCUCGGAGUUAGUGGCGAGAAAGUCACUGGCACCACCGGACUGCACUUCGCCCGCAAGGACAUUGCAGUGGCCAUGCAGAGCUCGGCAAAGGACAAACUUACAGUUGGUGGAAAGACGUGGUGGAAGUCCAAGAUCUCGCCAGAGGGAGCUUCCAAGGACGUCUUCAAUGUUGUUUAUGAAGGCAAUGAAUUCAAACACAUUGAAGAUGCAACUGGAGCAAAAGUCUUUGAGAAACAGGGACCACCCCCCGUUUGCCCAAGAGACGGCACCAAAAGAGACUGUGGUGUGGACGAUGUCGGGGAGAGUGAAGUCGAGGACACUGUGGCCAAUCCUGAAGGAGAAGAUUCGCCAGCCAAUUCAGGCAAGGAGUCUGAGGAAGCACCCGGUGCUGAAGCGGAGGCGUCACCCGCCGAGCCAGGCAAGGAAGUUGAGGGUCCAGCCAAUACCGCAGGAGAGAAGCCUGCCGGUCCGGAGGUAGAGGGAGGCGCAGUAUCUCCUGAGAGCCCUGAAUCGAUAGCGCUGGCCGAGAAGUUUUCCGAGGAGGAGUUCGUCCACCUCGCAACCACUCGUGGAAUGGUCAAGCCGUUAACCGAGACACUGUCCCUCUCCAUCAAGGACAUUCGGACCAAAAGAUUGGGCUAUAAGCCACUCACGCCACAGUCAUCUAGCUUCAAAAUCCACCCUGUCAAGGCAAUCGCAGGUGCCGCCGGGGGGGCUCUUGCUGUCGCUGGUGUUACACUCUGGGUCAAGGGCAUGGUUGAUGCCUUUACACAUGAUACCAACGACUUGGACAAGACCGCAGCCGUGACUUCGAUUGUGCCUCUUGUUGGUUGCACCACGAACCUUGCUGCGGAGGCUUGGAAGGGCGGUGUUGACAGUCAGGAUACGGCCCUGUGUUACAUUGGCGACGGCUUGUUGUUUACCCCCUUCGCUCCUAUUGGCGUCGCCAUCCAUAUUGUCCGCUGGUUCAUCAGUCUCAACAAGGCCCCCCCGGUGCCAGAGAAGGAAGUGUUCCUCAAACAUCGCGACAGCCAAUGGGAAAGGUUCCUCGACGAGCACGUCUACACUUACCUCUAUUCAGACAACAAGGAAGCAUCCAACUCCAAGGAAAAGUCUUUCCGAGUGAAGCUGAACAGCUCCUUGGCCAUUCAGGGACUCGCUGUCAUCUCGGAAGGCGCGCAGAAGAUUGGUGCGGCAAAGGUCCUUGCCCAGAACGCCGCGAAGGCGAGCACGGAUGCGACUGAAAAGGCCGCGAUCGAAAAGGGCUCCCUGGAAGCCGUCGAAAGCAUUCGAGCUGCAGUUUGGAACGAGACUAUCCUCAGGCAGCGGGCCUAUCUGUUGGAAAUGCCAGAUUCGCUGCGCGAAAAUGCAAAGGCCUCUCUUAAGCCACUGGGCGAGGAAUUCAACAAGGACUACAUUGCAAAUACCACGUCCAUCUCGAUGGCGACCCAUUAUUUCGAGGCCGACCUGUUCCCUAAGAAUCCUGCUCUGAUUGCCGCUGGCGCUCCCAUUCUCGAUACAAGCCCUGGCAAUCUAGCAUUGGUCCAGGCACAGCUGAAGAGCAUCGGGGCUCAUCUGCAGACCCAGCCGCUGCCGCUGCCCAAGCUCUUUACCCUUGGCUACAUUUUCGGGCAGUCCAAGGGUUUGGACGGACUGGACCCCCGCGUUCUCUCGCCCCGGGACUACCUGCGGGCCACGACCAAGCUCUCCGAAGACCGCAUCAACUUCUUCGCGCUGUACCACACGCUCGAGGUGGCCAAGCUGCUCCAGGGCUCCAUCAAGGAGGACGAGCUCCGCAACCCGUGGAAGUCGGACAUCCCGGAUGCCCGGCCGCUGCAUCUCCUCAUCGCGAUGAAGUUUGGACGCGUGUCUGAGGAACGCAGGGGAUCGGGCGCAGCCAGCGGCCCGGACUUUCCCCCUCUCAAAGAGGGCACUCUGGACACCACGGCUUCGUUUGCCGCAGUCACCGGGCUGAGUGACGAGGAGGUUGAGAAGCUUCCCAAGGAAGGAGAGUUCCAGCGAUACAAGGACUUGGUCUCCGAGGACAAGAUUCUGGCGAUGCUGCGCCUCAUUCAGGAAAGGAGGGCGCAAAGCGCUGCUAAGCUAGAGCAGACGGCUGGGAAGGAUGAGGUCUAA